AUGCAGGAAUCUGCUAAUUCCCUGGCAAUGGACGGGUACUGCAGCAAUGUGCCGGCCUUCCUCACCAAGCUGUGGACAUUGGUAGAAGACCCCGAAACCAACCACCUUAUCUGCUGGAGUGUGAAUGGCACCAGUUUUCAUGUUUUUGACCAAGGCAGGUUUGCCAAGGAAGUUCUACCCAAGUACUUCAAGCACAAUAACAUGGCAAGUUUUGUGAGGCAGCUGAAUAUGUAUGGUUUCAGAAAGGUGGUGAACAUCGAGCAAGGUGGACUAGUAAAGCCAGAGAGAGAUGACACUGAAUUUCAGCAUCUGUACUUUUUGCAAGGCCAUGAACAUCUAUUAGAGCACAUCAAAAGAAAGGUGUCUGUUGUGAAGAGUGAAGAGACCAAACUGCGGCAUGAGGAUGUGAGCCGACUCCUGUAUGAAGUCCAGAGCCUGAGGAAUCAACAAGAAAACACAGAGUGCCAGAUGCAAGAUAUGAAACAGCAGAAUGAAGUACUAUGGCGAGAAGUUGUCUCUCUCAGACAGAACCACUCCCAGCAGCAAAAAAUUAUCAACAAGUUAAUCCAGUUUCUGUUUGGGCAGCUGCCUCCGGGCCCCUCCAGCAGUGGGAUAAAGAGAAAGAUACCUCUCAUGUUGGAUGAUGGAAACUCCGCCUUACCGCUAUCCAAAUUUAGUAGACAUCUCCCAGUGGACUCACUGCAAGACCCAUAUUACAUCCAAUCGCCGCCCACAGAUCCAGCAUCCUCUUUAAGCAGUCCUGCCGUUGCUGCUGGGCCUAUCAUUUCAGAUGUGACUGAGGCUCUGCCUGCCAACUCCGUAACUGAACAGCCAAAUGCAGAUGGAGAAAGGAACAAAUGUCUCCUACUCAUUAAAGAAGAACCCAUCAGUCCUGGACUAAAGGGAUCAACAGACACAGAUAUGUCUUUAACAAGUUGCAGUGCAUGCUCAGAUCCCCCAGUGUUGCCAGUCGCAAUGGUUCAAUCUAUACUGGAAGGUAAAGAGAGCUGCAGCCCACCCCAACCCUCAGGAUCUCAGCAACUAGAGGCACGGGGACGAAGGAAUCCACUGGAGAGACAAGAGCUUCCAGACACCUUGGAUAAUACUGAUGUUAGUUUGGAAGGGCUUCAGCUGUUGCUUAGAAGUCAACAGUAUAACCUGGAUUCAGCUGCUGUUCUGGAUGUUUUCAGUGCUGCUCUGUGUGUGAGUGAAUGGAGUAUUCCAGCCAUGGACACCAGUCUGUCACCGAUGCAACAGCUCUCAGUAGAUCUGGAGAAGAAUGUGGCAGAGAUGCCUUCUAAAGGGUUGAAUCAACAAUUUAACUCCCCCUGCACAGAAGAGAUGGUUAAUUUAUCAGGGUCCUCAUCCCUUUUUGGAACAGAUGACAGCGUGGUGUCUUACCUCUCAGGUGGGAUAAUUCCAGGAGACACUGCCCUUAACCUGCACCCAACAGAGGAUAGAAAUUAG